AAGUUGGAACAACAACAACCCAUUAUACAGUAUAUCAGCAUCAGCACAACACCAAAAAUAAUCUUCCAAGAUAUAACUCACAAAAAAUAUUUUUCUUAAAUUCAGUUAAAAUUUUUUAUUUAAAAAUCACCAAUGUAAUUUUAUUUUAGGUUAAAUGUCUUAAUAGGGAGGUAAAUCGUUGGAGAGCAACCCUUAAAAACACAAGUGGGAUCCGUGUAUUUGCUGCGCAGCAGCUCCAGACUGUGAACAGGGUGUACCUCUGUGUGCUUAAUGGGUGGAGACUGAAGAGCUCCUCCAAAAUAACACAGUCAACAGAGGCCAACGUUAUCAUCGUCAUCAUCAGCAGCAGCAGUAGCAGAAGCUACCUCCCUCCCUUCCAGGACUUGGGGACCUGAAAAUAUCCGUGUCCGUUAUUUCAAGUCAAGUGACCAGAAUUGCUGCAAACAUUAACGACGAUGAGUCAGGCAGAGCAGGUGCCUGAGGACAUGCCUGCAUACCACAACGAUGAGCCUGUAGCUGCAGACGGUAACAAGGACCAUCCGGUGGCGCAACCUGGAAUGUUCGGCAGGUUGGCCGGGGGGUUGUACGGAGUCACAAAGGGGGCUUUAGGAGCCACGGUGGGCGGGGUGACCUGGAUCGGGGGAAAGAGUCUGGACCUCACCAAGACCGCCGUCAGCACUGUCGUCGCCGUGCCCGUCAUGGGGGCGGGGCUGGUGAAAGGGGGAGUGUGCGCCGUCGCUGGGGGGGUCACCGCCGUCGGCUCCGCAGUGGUCAACAAGGUGCCCAUAGGGGGAGGCAAAAAGAAGGACAAAGCCGACUGAAGAGGCGUGGAGCAGAGAAAACUCAAACCAGCCGAGCUGAUUGGCUCAGACUGCAGUGGAGAACUUUCCCGUUUCCAUCUGGAGGAAAAAGAGCAGCAGCAGACUCAACUCUGUGCAUAUCUUUGUUUUUUUCAGGGGGGUGGGUGCGAUCUCCACCCUGUCUCCAUUUCUUUUUCUGUUACAAGUUUAUGCUCACAGAUUUAUGUAUGCACAAUAAUGUGUUUAGGGUUUAUAAAGCAGCUGCAGAGGGAAAAAAAAACCUAGAGGAAUACUGCACAGAAACUAAACUGUUCAUGGAAAACAAUCAGUGAGGAUGGAUGCACAAAAGUGAGUGGUUUUCUUGGGAUUUAAAACACAAAGGUUAACUUUAAAUUCUACAGUUCAAUUAUAAAUCACAUUUGUUCAGUGAGCAGAUGUGAUAUUUUUGCUGGAUCUUAUUUUACCAAUAUUUUUGUUUUUUCUUUACUCCAAUUGUGUCCCACCAUGUAGUAUUUAUGUUCUCAGCUGCGUGAAUGGUAACUCCUGCUUUUGAUAAAGUUUUUACAGCAGUAAAUAUUGUGUCACAGUAAGGUUGAAAAUGCUCCCCUAUUUUUAUACAUGACGUUUUUCCUUAUGUGUCCUUGAAAACAAAAAUAAAUAAAAAUAUUUGUGCAAAGAA